AUGGCUCAAAUACGAGGCACCGCGGGCUAUAACCUGGGCUUGAACAACCAGUUCGGGAACCAGUCGAGCGCCGCUACCAGCGACCCCUCUCCUCUCGACCAGAUUCGUGAGCAAACCGGCAAGAUCGAGGACAAGCUGAACACUCUCGGAGAGCCCCUCAAACCAUAUCUGCCGGCUAUCGGAAGAUUCUUGAUCGUUGUCACGUUCCUUGAAGACGCUCUCCGCAUCAUAACACAAUGGAACGACCAGCUACUCUACCUCAAGGAUUUCCGGAAGUUUCCGUGGGGCAUCACACAUAGCUUCCUGAUUUUCAAUGUCGUGACCAUGAGCGUCUGCUCGACCCUUGUCAUCAUGCGCCGCUACAGCGAAUACGCAGUUGCGGGUCUCCUUGCCGUUGUGGUCGUUCAAGCGCUGGGCUACGGCCUCAUUUUCGACCUGAACUUCUUUCUCCGCAACCUUUCCGUCAUGGGCGGCCUUUUGAUGGUCUUGGGCGACAGCUUUGUCAAGAAGACCCGCGUCUUUGCCGGCUUGCCCAGUCUCGACGAGAAAGACAAGAAGAUGUACAUCCAGCUCGGAGGUCGCGUCCUCCUCAUCUUUCUGUUCGUUGGCUUCGUCUUCGCUGGUGAAUGGAGCUUCUGGAGGGUGAUCGUGAGUCUGAUCGGUCUUGUGGCCUGUGUUAUGGUUGUCGUGGGUUUGAAGGCGAAGUGGAGCGCCAUCAUCCUCGUGCUUAUGCUGUCCAUCUUCAAUGUUCUGGUCAACAACUUCUGGACGCUGCACCCGCAUCACCCACACAAGGACUUCGCCAAGUACGAUUUCUUCCAGAUUCUAUCCAUUAUGGGAGGCCUCCUCCUGCUGGUCAACAUGGGACCCGGUUCCAUCAGCAUAGACGAGAAGAAGAAGGUCUACUAA